AUGAGGAUGUUGAGAUGGCAAUGUGGACUUACUAGAAAGGAUAAAGUUAGGAACGAACAUGUUAGAGGCACUCUCAAAAUAGCACCAGCUUCAAACAAGGUGAAGGAAAGUAGACUGAGAUGGUAUGGACAUAUAAAGAGACGAGAGGAAGACCAACCGAUAAGGAAGAUGAUGGAGAUGGGACUACCAGGUGGGGGAAGUCGCACCGGGGUCGGGCGGGCAGAGGAACAAGGGCAAGGGCGUUCCGGGGUACGGGCGGGCCUUCGCCCGCAGGCCCGUGUCCUCACGGGGACGGGGGGCUUCCGGGGCCCGCAAGGCGGUUCCCGGGGGUUAAGGACCGGGCCUCCGCCCGCCAGGUCGUCCCGGGGGACGGGGGGUGCGGGCCUCCAGACCCGCCAGGCGGUCCCGGGGGACGGGCGGGCCUCCUGCCCGCCAGGUGUACCUCAGGGGACCGGCGGGCCUUUCCCGCCGACAGGCGUCCCGGGAAUGGCGGGCCUCCUCCCGCCAGGCGUCCAGGGGACGGCGGGCCUCCGCCUGCCAGGCGUCCCGGGGACCGGGCGGGCCUCCGAGGCAGCAGGCGUCCCGGGGAUCCGGGGCGGGCCACGGGUCCGCCCGCAGGCAAACGUGGAGGCCCGCCACCCGGCAGAGGCCCUGGGGCCAGGCUUCCCGGGGACGGGCGGGGCAGAGGCCCGCCGGCCUCCCCGACCAGGAGGCCUCCCGGGACGGGCGGGCAGAGGCCCGCCAGGGCCUCCAGAACCCGGGCGGCAGAGGCCCGGUAACCCCGGGAGGCUGGAGGGCGCGGGCAGAGGCCCACCAGGCGUCCCGGACGGGAAGGAGAGGCCCCUCCAGUCGCACGGGGUGGGCGGGGCAGAGGCCCGCCAGGCGUUCCGGGGACGGGCGGGCCUCCGCACCCGCCAGGGCGUCCCGGGGACGGGCAGGCCUCCGCCCGCCCAGGCGUCCCGGGGACGGCGGGCCUCGCCCGCCAGGGCAUCCGGGGAACCAGGCGGGGGCCCUCCGCCCGCCAGGCGUCCCGGGGACCGGCGGGCCUCCGCCCGCCAGGCCGUCCGAGGGCCGCCUUCGCCCCGCCAGGCGUCCCGGGGACGGCAGGGCCUAACCGCACCGCCAGGCGUCCCGGGGAACCGGCGGGUCCUCCGCCCGCCAGGCGUCCCGGGGACGGCGGGCCUCGCCCGCCAGGCGUCCCGGGGCGAGGCGGGCCUCGCCCGCCAGGGCGUCCCGGUGCUAGGCGGGCCUCCGCAGCAGGCGUCCCGGGGAGGGCGGGCCUCCGCGGGGCCAGGCGUCCCGGGACGGGCGGGUCCGGGACCUCCAGCCCGUCCAGGCGUCCCCCGCUUUUUUACUCCCGGGGACCGGCGGGCCUCCGCCCGCCCAGGCGUCCCGGACGGCGGGCCUCCCAGCGCCAGGCGUCCCGACGGGCGGGCCUCCGCCCGCAGGAGUCCGGGGACGGGCGGGCCUCCGCCCGCCACCCGGCCGGGCCGGGGACGGGGGCCUCCGCCCGCCAGGCGUCCGGGGAGGGCCAGGCCUCGCCCGCCAGCGUCCCGGGGACACUUAAUAACUUAA